AUGGCGACGGAGAAGCGUCGGCGUCACCACGAACCACCGGCGGUCGCCGCCGGCGCCUCCUCUUCGUCUUCCUCCCCCGCGGCCUCCGCCGACACACCGUCACCUCCGCCGGACCUCCUCCCGGACAUAGCCCGUCGCCUCACCUCGCUGGAGGACUUCUUCUCCCUCCGCGCAUCCUGCCGCACCUACCGCGCCCUCCUCCCGGCGUCCCGGCCGCUCCUCGCCUCCCAGGCCCCUCUCCUCCUGGUCUCCCUCUACCCCUCCUUCGCCGAGGCGCUCUUCCACCCCGGCGUCCGCCGCCUCCACCGCUUCCGCCUCCCCUGGGGCCAUCACCUGCCGCCCUCCCGCCACACCCUCCUCUACGCGCACGGCUUCCUCGUCACCGCCACCACCGCCGCCGCCCAGUACCCGCCGAGGCUCCUCCUCCUCCACCUCUUCACCGGCGAGCAGCAGCGCCUCCCCAAGGUCCCUGCCCCCUUCUCCCGCGUCAUCCUCUCCGACGGCCUCCUCGCCGUGCUCUUCCUGCCCGGCAGGCGGAUCGUCCAGCAUUGCCACCCUGGGGACGUGCUCUGGCGUGUGGCCACCGCCGAUGCGCCCCACGUGCUCGACGAUUUGAUCUUCGUUACGGGCACCCUCUACGCGCUGGUUCGCCUCCGUCUUGCCACCCUAGAGCUAUCAGAAACUUCGCUGGAGCUGUCGUUUCUCGGAGGAGAGUAUGACGAGGAGAACAUGCCGGCGGGAGAGCGGUUCAUGCUCGGGGAGUGCGAGGGCGAGGUGUUGCUUAUCAGCGAGGAGCACGCGGAGACGGUUGUGUACCGCGUUUUCCGGUGGGUCUCCGUGGAAGGGAAGUGGGCGACGAUAGCAAGCUUGGGUGGACGAACACUGUUUCUCGGUUUCAAUGGAUUUGCGGCUUGCGUCGGUCCAGAUUUCCCUGAGGUCCGAGGUGAUUGCAUAUAUGCAGCUGGCCGACGCUUGGGCGAAUGGUACGAGUAUUCGUUGGUUGAUGGAACUUGUGAUGUCUGCUAUGCCGAAUAUGCGGGCGCGCCGCCCCUGAACAGCAAUUCACUUCUCAGACCCCCGGUUUGGGUCUUCCCCAGCUUGAUGCAAGCCUGACGAAGGUUACCCGGAACACUCAAGAGCUUCUGAUGAUGCUGACAUGAAAGAAAGGUCGUUGAUCCUAACCAGCUGUGCCGCUGCUGAAUGCCAACCAAGUAUACUGCUGUUGAAGGUCUUGCAGAAUGCUGAUAAAUCUGGCCACCGUCUCAUGGCCGGUCUUUUCUUGCUUUUCCUUUCCUGUUGCGCAUAUCUGGCGCCACAGAGGAACAGCAGAAGCAAAUACCUUGCCAAUUCCUGUAACAAUUGCAUGUCCAUGUUGUAUGUCUACUGUGAAAUUAUAGACGCGAUAUGUUUUUUCCUUCUGAUCUUGAUGGAAUUGAACUGUUUCCUGCGAAACUG